CAAUCAUUCAAGAAAGAGUUCAAGAGCGUCUUGUUAUUAUUUAUAUAUGUGUUUCUUGAUUAUAAAUUAGGUAUUCACUUUCCUCUUGACCUUUUUAUAAUCGCAAAAUAAAUUAAACAUGAAUGCUUUAUUGGAUUAUGGUUCGUCUUCGAAUGAAUCCGAUACCGAUGAUAGUGGAGAAGAAGAAGAAAAGUUGACAAUAAAAGAAGAGGAAACGAAAGAUAUUGAAAAACCUAAGCUACCAAAACCAGCACUUGGCGAGAGUAGCCUGCAAACAUCAGUUUUCUCCAACCCAUUUGUAGAAGCAGAGCUAGCAAAAGCAGCUAUAUUAGAGAAACAUGUUAAAAUGGUUCCAGGUAAAGGGAAUACCCAGAUGAUCAACGGGAAGAAAAUUUGUUGGAAUUUUAGAAAAGGAAGGUGUAGAUUUGGACAUAACUGCAAAUAUGCACAUGAUUCUGAUAUACAGAAGACAGCUGAGGAGUUAGAUGCAGAAAAACAGAAAUUGAAGACAGUGGUAUGUGAAGGUGCAGGAACAAUGUCAUGUACCGUCCCCCCACCAGUAGAUGACACUGUCAAUCCAACAGAUGACAGCUUAUGGGAGGGCAACACAAAGAAGAAGAAGAAAAGACCUGGCCUGAGCUCAGGGCUCAUACCUAGCCAGAAAGUUAUCAAAAUGUACAAACAACAGAAGUUAAAGGACGCUUUAUCGAAAUAAAUAUAUAACCAGUAAUGAA